AAAAAAUUGCAAGGUGCAGGUAAUUCGUCGCGACCUCAACACCAAUCUUCAACAUCACCACCACGCCCGCCAUCGACUCGCGAUCUCGACAACAACCGUCACGAUGGCUACGGAGCUCACUGUUCAAAGCGAAAGGGCUUUCCAGAAGCAACCGCAUAUCUUCCAGAACUCCAAGGUCAAGGUCAAGACCUCGAGACCCGGGAAGGCUGGCCGAAGAUGGUACAAGGACGUCGGUCUGGGCUUCAAGACCCCCAAGACUGCGAUUGAGGGAGAGUACAUCGACAAGAAAUGCCCCUUCACCGGCCAGGUCUCUAUUCGAGGACGCAUCCUCACAGGAAAGGUCAUGAGCACGAAGAUGCACCGCACUCUCAUCAUCCGCCGCGAGUACCUCCACUACAUCCCCAAGUAUGCCCGUUACGAGAAGCGUCACAAGAACUUGGCCGCCCACGUCUCGCCCGCUUUCCGUGUUCAGGAGGGUGAUCAGGUCACCGUUGGACAAUGCCGACCUCUGAGCAAGACCGUCCGAUUCAACGUCCUUCGCGUCCUGCCCCGAACUGGAAAGGGAGUCAAGAAGUUCUCCAAGUUCUAGAUGGGUUCUUUCGUGGGCAUCACUGGCGUCGUUUGCAUGAGGGCUCUUCAUGUUCUGAAAUUCUAGGAACAGGGUCGGUUCAUAGGUCGCUGCUAUAUCACAAAAGAUGAUUCUCUGGCAGUACUGAGAAUGAAAUGAAUUCACGGACAACUAAUACCAUGCUCUUGGACGACUUCGACAUGUGACGGUUGUGGAUGAUAUGUGCAGGAAUGGACUAUGGUCUAUGAUUCGGAUAGAUGGAAACUGAUUUGCGACAUGCAAAUUCUGGCAUUGGCGCGCAGGUUAGUUGCCGACACUCGCAGCAUGAGGCAUUGGCACAGGUCUGGCCAUUGUUUGAUGUCGGAGGAUUGAGCCCAGGCCAUUAUAUCGUGUGGGCAUGCGUCCACUUUGAUUAGACUAGCCGAAAGUGGUCGUCUUGGAUGAUAAAACUAACUAAAUCCGAAGGGGCUUCAUUCUCGUUCAAAUUUCGUAUGUGC